AUGUUCACGAAUCAUCUCCGUAACCGCCUGAAUUUUAAUGCUGUCCCUACAAUAUUUCCUACGUUGGAAGGUUCUUCUAAGGCAGAAGAUCAUAGUUAUAGGCCUCCACCUCUUAUACACCCUAGAUCUGAUGUUCCUGAAAAAAUAAAAAUAAUUCAGGACGUCAUAAUGGUCCCAAAAAAUGACCGUACAAGCACUACUACAGUAAGUGACACCAAAAUAGCAAACUCUCAUUUGCUAAGUCCUCCAACAUCCAUUCAAAGUUGCAUAGAAAGUGACACCAAACAAACGACUCCGGUUUUGUUAUGCCUAACAAAGUCAACUCAAACUUCAACAACUUUAUCUUCCAACUCUCCCAGAAAAAGAAAAUAUAAAGACCGUAUCAAAAAUCUCACCAAAGAAAAUAAAAGUUUGAGAGUAAAAUGCAGAAAACUGGAAAAUGACUCGCAAACUUAUCAAAAUUCGAUUACCCUUGAACAGUAUAAGACUCAAACAUUUAAAUUUUGUACCGAGAAUUGUGAAGCAGAUGGUGAUCAAAUGUUGGUAAAAUUGAAUGACAUACCUGUAUAUGAAAAUCCAUUAGUCAGAACUUUCCCAAAAGAUCCUGUACAAGAAAUUAACGAUUACCAACGUUCGGAUAUUUUGGAAAAGAAUUUUGUCAGAUAUGUUUGUGGCUAUUUGCUCAAGAAGGGAUUGAACUUGCAUUGCUGUGAAAAAUGUCAGCAGUAUUCUAAUGCACAUCAAGAGCUUGAUGAUACUUCACUUUUUUGUUUUUUUAAGGCAUAUGAAAAUGCAGAAGGAAAUACAUUCGAAGAUGAAUUUUUCAAUCGAUAUAAACAACAACGCUUCAAAUCUUUAUCAGUAGACGUGAGGCACGAAAUUUUAAUUAAUUUAAAAGAGACCAGGAAGCAAAACUCUUGGGGCAGGCUUCACGAAUUACCAGCUGUUAGUGACGACUUUUCAGUUUAUCAAAUGAAAAUAUUGCUCAAAAAACAAGCGGUGCAAGCAGCUUUGGAGGAAGCUGAAAAAGAAAUGGGCGGUAAAUCUGUUGCUGAGCUAGAAUUGAUACUCAAAGAUCAAGGUGUCUUUCUUUCAGGAAAUAAUUCGAAAGACAUUGAAAAAUUGAAUGAAGAUUGA